AAUGCCUGCGAGGGGUGCAGGAUCCUGCAGGGUGCUGCUGUUCCACCCUGCCAGGAGGAGCUGCAGGAGGGCACCGUGGGCAGCUCUGGGGCUCCUCCCUCCCUCUCACAAGCUGCAAACAAUAAAACUGCUGUGCCCAUCUGGUGAUGAAGACUGACAGCUCGUAGGGGAUGAGUCAAAGGUCGCUGAUGAGAAGAUCCAUCCAGAUAAUUGCUGUAAUUGCACCCUGAGGAUGCAGCUCCUCUCACAGAGCAUCAGGCAGUGACUGCUGGUAAAUCUAUACUUGGCAGUGAACUUCAUCCUGUGCCUUGAAUCCAAAAAGUUCCUUCAUGAGAUGUAAAUGGACAAAGCUAUUUUGAUGGGGUAUUUUCCUCAAUCCAGCCGUGUUUUGUCCUGUUGGCAGAUUCGGGAUAGCCCUGCUGAGAGGGGACAAAGAUGAUAUUCCUCUUGAAACCUCUUGUUGGUAGGUCCCCCUAAGGGAUAAUAAGGAAAAAAAAAUUGUGCAAGUUUUGGUUCCCACAUCCUCAGCUCCUCAAAUUGUGAGGAGGAAAAGUGUGCAACCAGGAGUAACCACGGGGCAGGAGCUGGAAGUUAAAACUCUGCUCACAAUCCUGGCCCAGCCUGAUGUCAGGGGACAACCUCUGAACAGCAGGAAUAAAAGCCUGCUGUAACAGGAAGAGUGAUGAUCUGGAUUCCUGUGAGCUGCACCAUCAGUGCAGAUCUUCUACAACUGGGGUUGUUCUCAAGCAGGAUUUUGUCCUGGGCCCAGUUUGGAGCUCCAGGCAGCUGGAGAAGCAGCGAUGCUUGCAGAGUUCCUAAGAGAGUGUGUGCUGUACAUCCUGCUGCUAAUCCUGGGGUGGAAAUCAGCUUCUGCUGACACCUGCUGCCAGGACCUGACACAACUGAUUUCAGCUGCAGCAUCUGCAGCCUCCUGGGCUGGAGUUUGGAUUUGGGCAUAUCCCAGCUGGGCAGACCCUGUUGGGCCAGGCACUGGACUGAUGCAAAGAAAAAGCUGUGCCUGUCCUGAAGAGCCCCAGACUCACAAGCAGAAAAUAGAAGAACCGACCACCUGCCACUCACUGGGUCACCUCAACAAAACCGGGCUGGGGCUGAGAAUCAACAGCAACGUCCCUGAGCUUUUGUGGCAAUAUUCAUUUCUGCAGGCUGCUACAGCACAAACAAAGCCCAUUUCAGAGGAGCUGCUGUGGAAGUGCCUUGGGGUGCUGUCUCUGAUCCUGCAGUCCAGUCAGACACGGUGCAGAACCCCCGGGCAGCCCCUGUGUGGUCCCGGCAGUGUCCUGGAGCUCACCGGGCAUAAACCCCAUCCCUCCCGGGGCCACGGCAGCACUGGGGGCUGCGGGAUGAAGGCAAACCCCGGGCACAUCACUGCCCCCGCUCCCAGCCCUGCCACUGCUGCUGGCAGCCUUUACCAGCGUGCGAGGCACGGGGACAUCUCGCUGGAGGCUGCCCUGGGUGAGCUCACAGCUUCUCCUCCUGGACCUCCUCCUCUCACCUCAGACGGGUUUUUAUUCUCCUGCUCCCUCCCUGAAACCCAGUGGUUUCACUGUCAAAGGACAGUGUUUGAUGGACGAUCCAUCUCUUUCACCUUACAGGGCAAACUCUGUGGUUUUGACAAUAAAUGCCAUUUUCUUGAAUGGAAACAACCAGUCCGAAUGGUUUCUGCUGGGUUUAGCAGCCUGUUUAGAGGGUCUGCCCUGGAGAGAGGGGUGUCAUGAGAGUAAACUCAGUUUUUCACUGCUGCUUGGUGUUGCAGAGGCUCAGAGCUCGAUGCAGCUGCAGGUUUGUGCUAAAGAUGUUCCCCCACUGCUUCCCAAAUUUUGUGGGGCUGCACUUUGGGUGUCCUGCCUGGGACUGGCAGUGUCUCAGGCUGGGGGACAACCACAGCCUGGGGGAGGCAAUGACUCACUGCAACAUUUCCUCUCCGUUUCAGGCAUUACAACACAGAUUUUCCUCUUGCAAAGGCCCCAGCUCUGCAGACAGGCACUACCCUCACUGCAGGGAAAUUAGUGGGAUGUCUUGGGGCAAAGGUAAAACUAAAGUACAUCAGUAAAUGUUUGCAGGAUCAGGACCUUAUUCAGGCAUAAAUCAGGUAGCUGCAGCCAACAAUAGAAUUACCUAAGUAUAAAAUCCCAUGUAAGCCAGUAAGAUCAGCUCCAAACCUGCUAUGAAUUUGCUUUUUGUUUUCAUGCCAAGAAUAUAUCACUUCUAACUGCUGCAAUCAGGGCUGGUCCUUUCAGGUUUUUUAAGUGCUUUUGGGCACAUUUAUUUCCCAUCCCCAGCAGAUCCACACGGAGCCUGGCCCUCUUUCCCUGGGGCAUGUCCCAGCCUGCUUCACCCACAAUAAAUCCUUGCUAUCAGAGAAUAUUUUUUUUUUCUUUCCUGGCUGUUUUUGUUACUGCAUUCGGUAAACAAAGGGACAGCAGUGACGAUCCAAACCCAUUCUUUUUUAUUUGCCUGGGAACAGAGUCAACUAUUUGUUGGUCUUUUGUUGCUGUUUUUGUUCUCUUUUUAGCCCGUGACCGUUGAAACAGCCACUGGUACCUGCGAGGAGCACGUACUGGGUUUGUCACCUGGUGCCACCAGCUCAGGGAGGGGACAGUGAGGAGGACAAGGAGCUGCUGGGGGGAGGAACUGGGUCAAACCAAAGGUCCAGGGCACAGCAGGCCUUUCUGCCCCUCCCAAACAACAGGAGAACAACCUGCAGGGUUUUCCUGGGGGUUGUGCGUGCCUCAGUUUCCCCAGUUCUCAGUGCACUCUUGAGAUGGUGCCCCAGGAUGAGAAGUCUGGUGGUGCUUGCACCUGGCUGAGACCAGUUCCUGGGAAAGAGCUUCCCAAAACACUGGGAGAAGGAAGGCAGGGAGGGAUGGGAGCGAGAGAAGGAAGCUGGAGGCUCUUCUAGCCUGAGGGCAAACUCCUCCCGGCCUCUCCAUCUCUGGGGCCUGUGCAGCAGCUCAGGCAGCUCAGGCAGCCCCCAGGCUGGUCUCUUCUUAGCAGACACCAAGAGAACCAUCCUGGCUCCCACUGCCAUCCCCACCUGUCCCUCCAACCCACAAGGGGCCCUCCAAAAACCCAGGCAGAGCUUCCCUUCUGCAUUCCACUGGGACACAGCAGUCCCUGGGACAGCACCACCAGGAGCAGGAAUGCAUUUUCCAUGCUUUGGGCACUGGUGUGUGCUGGGGACACCCUGGUGCCACCAGAGCCAUUUGUCACCCCAGGCCACUCUGGAACAGGGUGGGGGAGCUGCUGUGCUGCCUGUGCCAGGCAGAGCUCCUGUGCUGCAAACCAGAUCCUGCAGAGGAACAUCCCCGGGAGCCAUAUGGUGUCUCUGAGGCUUUGAUGGAGCUGAACAAAACCCAAAGCAGCCCAGCAGGUUGGACUGUGAGCCACGGUGAGCCCUGGGGACCUGCCCUGCCCUGCUCAGGGCUGCCAGCCCCGGUGUUCAGGAGGGUAUUGGUGCCUCCUGCCAGUGCCCAGUGGAGCUGCUGAGGCUGGAGGGUUUGCAGGUGAAGGAGGAUGGUUUUGUGGUCAAGUGCUACAAGUGGAGAGAGCAGCACCUCAGAGCAGCACCUCCAACACCAACCAGACAGCAGGAGGGUCAGGGGAGCCUGGGGACAUUGGUGUUUGCUCUGAGCCUGUGCCAGGAAAGCCACGAUUCAAACCUGUUCUCAGGGCUGGGGGCAGCACAGCCAAGCCUCCACGGAUUGCUGGAGAGGCCUGCCCUGAGCUCUGCUCCUUCCUGGGGCGAUGAACAGUGCUGCAGCACGCAGGAGGAGGGGUACACGUGUCUCUAGCCUGAUAGCGUCCACCCAAACAAGUCCCAAACCCACUGAGGCAAGAAAAGUGACUCAGGAGAAUUUCUCUGGGAUUUUACCUUGCACCUCACUUUGUGAUGCUCUGAGUUUGCUGUGGAAAGACACCCCAGGUCAGUUGAAUCUCAAAACAGAUAUUAAGCAUCUGUUGCUUGGUCUCCAGGAGCUGUGAGCAGCAUUUCCCAUGCUGGAGAACAGGCUGGAGGAGGGAUGUGUGCUCUCCACCUGGAGCUGUGGGGGCUGCAGUGACUCACUGAGAUCAGGGGGCUGCCCAGAAAGGACCUGUGGAUGUUUAAUGUUGCAAAGGUUUCUGCAGGUUUGCUCUAUAAUUACAAUUAUGUAAAAAGAAAGUCAGAUUUCAGGGUUUAAAUGAAAAAGGUAGGGAUGAUUGUUUCUGACUGGUCAUGGAUUAAUUUUUUAAUUGUGUACUCACACAAUGUGUUGUCAUGCAAGAAAAAUCUAACCCCUACCAAAACUGAUUUCAAAAUGAGUAACUGCAACAUUUUUUUCAGUCAUUGUCUAAGAAGGCUGCUGCAGUACUGCUGGGACUUCCCUUCUUCCCAGAACGAUAUUCUGGUAUAAUUAAUGAGGCAUUUGGACUCUGAUAGCGUUUGCUUCCAUCCAGUUUCUCAUGAAAACCCUCCUGAUGCCUCUCAGAUCUUCAUGAAGAUUCACAGCUGAGAUGGGAGAAGGAGGGGAUGGGGAUGAUGCAGCUGCAGACAGAAGGAGAUGGAGUCACCUCAGUGCAAGAGGGGUAACCCAGGGUUGAAGUGUGGGGAGAAGCUCAUUUGUUAUGCAAAUGUCUGCUUGAGCCUGGCGUAGACAGUGGAAAGCUCGAAUUAUUUUAAGCAGAGGACAAAAGUUCUCUCCAUCCCCCUAUCAUCUUGAAUCCUUGAAAAAACAAAACAAACCAGAAACCUCUGUGUGAACCAUCUGACAAUGAUCAGCUCUUGGCUCUUCUGGCAGGAGCUGGGUGUGCACAGGCGUAUGGAAAUAGAACAAUUAAGGGAAAGAAAACGGUGUUGGAAGCAGCCAGGCUUUAGGUUGUCUUGAUGACAGCAUGAAGCGAUCAUCCUCCAGCCUCAUCUCAGGGACAGCAGGGCUGGGGCUCUUCCUGGGUGACACAGAGGAGCUGCCUUGCUGCUGACCUUGUUGGGGGCUGCGGAUCAGCCUGGGCUCUCUGGGCAAGCAGAGGAGUGAGAGUGGCUGUUUUGGAAUUCCUUUCAGGCCCAGAGCUCGAGCUGGGAGCCUGGGCCAUGCAGGGGAGGCACCCGUGCAUGGCAGUGACCUUCCUGCUCCGGCCGGCGGCUGCAGCUCCCCGGCCACCCGCCCGCAGCUUUGCAUGGGCAGAUGUGCAUCUCAUGCUGCUAGGAAAAUCCUGUCAGUAUUUACAGAGCAUCCCGGGGCACCAAGGGGACAAAGCUGAGCCUUUCCCACGUGGGCAGUGAUGCUGUGCUGGAUUUCUGUGGGGAGAGCCAAACCUAUGCCACGGGCUGUGUAAGGCCUGGUGCUGCCUGCACUCUGCCCACAGGCAGCUGUGGUAAAACCCUGUUUUCCAGACACGUUGCAUCUCUCCAGAGUGGUUUUCCCCUGAGCUGAGCUCUCCCCUGGCCUCAGCAUCCUUAUGCCCCUGAGAAGGCCCAGUGUGGCAGCUGCACUUUGCUCUGCAGAGGGUUGGUUACAGCUGGGGACAAUGAGCUUUUCAAAAGGGGUUUUGGACAAGCCCUUGGCCUGCACCAGAAAGAUUCCCAUGGGUUCUGCAGCCCUGUGGUUGAAUAGUGGGGGGCAGCCUUUCUGCCUCACUGGGUGCUGGCACAAUUUGGCCCGUGCUGAGGGAACCUCCCUUUUUCCAUGCAGUGCUUGUCCCCCAGGGUCACUUCCCCUUCCAACGUGUCUCUGCAGGGCCACCUGCUCCCAGCCAGGUGUGAGCCAGGUGCAGUGGAAGGAGGUGUGGCUUGUGUAACACCUGGACCACAUUUUCCUCUCUGUAUAAAAUGCUUUGUUUCCUUAGAGCCAUGUCUGCACUGCAAAGUCUCCACUGUCAUUCUUCAACACUUAAAAACAGUUGCUCUCAUGGGCAUUUUUCAAAUGGUUUGAAAAAUCUGUGUGGGCAUUGCAGUGUUUGUUUUCUCUGAUGACUAUUUUUAAUCUUGUUUUUCAUUAAAAAAAAUAAAUCGGGGUAGAUAGGAAUUGAAACUGCGCCUUUAAAUAUGAUGUGAUAUUGGCUGCCCAAAACUAAGCACAAAAUAGGGGAGAGUUGGAGCAAGUGCCCAAAAAGCUGGGAAAGGCUAAAGCUUUGAAUGCCACUCUCUUGGCAGCACUGAGAGCAGAGCCCAGGAACCACAGCCAGGGCACGGUGCUGGCCAGCUGGCACCAGAGGGGUUAAAGAAGUGGGUCCACCCUGCAAGGAAGGAGCUGGAAAUGGCCUUUCCAGGAGGAGGUGCUGGCACCCCACUCUUCCCCCUGGCACCCAGCCUGAGAGAGCCACCAGAGCACCCCUGAAGGACACAGGCAGCCCUGGGCAGCAGCAGGGGUGACCAAGGCAGCGAGGGGAUGCUUCACUCCUGUGCCCCGCUGGUUUCCAGCCUGGGGAGGAGCUGUGCAGGGAGCUGCACCCUCCCCCAGCUCCCUGGCCCGUCGCUGGGGCUCUCUGCUUUUGUUCCUAUGCUGGGGACUUGGCCAAGCGCUGUUCAGCCUGAGCCAAGGCUCCGAGAGGCUGAGAGGGCACGGUGCUCCCUGCAGGCAGCCAGGGAUGGGAUGGGGGCCCUGCAGCAGGGCCUGGGGGACUGGGGCUCCCCGAAAGCAGAGGCAGAGCCUCCCCCUGCAGUGCUGGCAGUGCCAUGGCACACCCAGUGCCAGGUCAGGCUCAGUCCCAGGCUGCCUGGAGACCACGAUGCUGCAGGACAGGAGCAGCUCUGCAUGUCCUGCCUGGUAUUUCAGGAAGCCAGCCUUCCUGCAGGGGUGUUCCCGGCUGAGGCUGGGGAGGGAGGACGGCAGCAUGUGGGAAAUGCAGUGGCACAGAUCCUGACGGAUGUCAUGGUGAGCUAUUUUGAGAUUUUAUCUCGCUAGCCUCUGACAAAAAUGUGCUAUGGAGCAGAGCUUAUCAUGUGCAGUUGGGCACAUGGGGCCGGUGAGGGGACAGUGGAGCUGAUCCCUGGAGCUGGGGGAAGGUGACAGAGCCAGCAGAGCAGCAGUGGUGGGUGCUGCUGGUGCAGAGGUGUGUACAGGAGAUGGGCAUGGACAGGAUCCAACCCAGCCAGCAAAAAACAGGUAUCUGAGCCAAAAUCCCAGCCCAGGCCUGAAUCAGGGAAGUGCCAGCUUUGCUGUGCUCCUGGCCUCCUGGUGCCACCCAGAGCACAAGGACGGACUUCAGCUGGGACCUUCCCUACCCCCAGGUUCUAAACUUUGGAUUUUCCUGCACAGGGUUGAUUGGUCAGAUGAAUGAUGCUGCCUCCUGUAGCCCCUUUCCCCAUGGCUGUGCCCCCGGAGCUCAAGGCAUUAAGAGCAGAGGAGGUGAGUGGGCCAGGGGGUGAGCCCUGGGGUUGUCACCACCCCCAGCUCCUGCUGGCUCCCCCGGGGAGGGCGAGGGGGUGCUGGGCUGGGCCACUGCAGACAAACCCUGCGAGGUGAGGAGGUGCAGCUCUGCAAACACCCAAACUGACAGCAGCACCCUGCCCUGCUGGGAGCCAGGGCUCUGGGAGUUAUCACCCUCGCCCUUUCGGCUGCUGGGGCUGGAGAUUAGGGAGCUGCUCCUUAUCAGCCCCUGGUCCUGCCCCUGUGGGGCUCCCCUUUCGGUGUUACUCACUGCAGAAAUGAGUAAGCCUGUUGUAACCACCAUGCUGGGACCUGUGGGGCUGUGUUUGAUGGGUUGGGUUUUUUAAAGCAUCUCUGCACAGUGACCUGCAGCAGCCAGGACACGCUGCAGACACCCACCAGAGCUGGGGCUGUGCUGGAGCUCAGGGCCCUGCACAUCCAGGGCUCACUGUGUGUGGGAAGAGUUAAUUCUGUGUGUGUGCAGAGGAGGGAGGGGAAAUCCAAGAUGCUCACAUGUCCACGAUCUCCAGUGUCUCACCUGCCCCCAAAACCAUUGCCUGUGCACAAAGCUCUUGGCCCUCUGAACGUGGGCCCAGCUCCUGUGUGUGUCUGUCCGUCCAUCCAUCCAUCCAUCCAUCCAUCCAUCCAUCCAUCCAUCCAUCCAUCCAUCCAUCCAUCCAUCCAUCCAUCCCUCCAUCCAUCCAUCCAUCCAUCAUCCAUCCAUUCCUCCAUCCCUCCAUCCACCCAAGCAGGUCUCAGCCCCUGCCUCCUCUGGGACCUCUACACAGCGACCAUUUCCAGCAGUUUAUUCGACAGCUACAAGAAAAUAUUCCUGCACUCUCCAGCUCCACGAGGCACAUGACCCGGACAGUGCCAAUGGAAUAAACAUUUGGAUUUAAUUUAUUGUCUUUCCUGCAGGCUCAUUCUCGGCUGGCGGCUGCAGAGGGGCCGGGGCUACUCCCUGCCUGUGGGACAGGGGCAGCCGGGCAGCCUUCACACAACCCCAUGGGAUAUUUUUAUUUUUUUUCCAUUCAAGCCUGUGCAGGGUUCCUGGCAGGACUGGAGCUUUCGUCCAGAUUGCAGAUGCCCAAAAUAUCUGUAUUCUGAGCUGGGCAGACUGAGGCUGAAGUGCCCAUGGUUGGCUGAUUGAAGAGGACAUAGGGGAAUGUAGAAAGAAAGAGAGAGGAAAAAUGCCUGAGCAUGUUUGGCAAAAGGCUGGGGGAUGCUCCUGGGGUCUGCCCCAUCUCCAGGCACGGCUCUCACACCAGCAGGGGAUAUUUUUACUGUUUUUCACUGAGCUCAGUCCAGGACAUGGGUUUGCUCCAGAUUAGCUUAUGCUACCAGCCACUAAAUUUGGCUGCAUUGCUGUUAUGUUAUGCUUCUCAUUUAAAUUGUCUUCUAAACUGUGGCUCACCUGGCAUCUUCAGGAGCCAGGAUUUGUGAAAUAAAAGUUAAAAUGCCACUUGAAAUAAGGCAUUUAUACGUAUUCUUUCACAUACACACAUGAAUGCACACAGCUACUGAUAAAAAUCACGUGUUUGUUCAUAUAUGCAUGUUUCUAAUCAGAUUUAUAAUGUAUAUAAUAUAAAUGUUUUUCUACAUAUAAAAUUCAUUGGAAACAGGAAACCAAAUUAGUUUACCUUACUAAAGUGGCAUGAAAUAAAGAGCAGUGUACACUGUUGAAAAGAAUGUAGGAUAUGGUUUUUGGAGGGCUUUUCUCUCCCUGAGGGCUCGUUCUACCAUGUUUAUGUCUAAAACCUGCUAAUUUUAAAGCCAGCUCACAGGAGACUAAUGGCAUGACUUACUUAUUUCAUUUCACUUUCGUUUUGCAAAGCUCAGGGUUUGUUUAAGGUGCUCACACGUCAGCAGCUUGUGCAAACACACCAGUGGAUGCUACAGGAGGCCACAAACGGCCGUGGGUGUCUGACCCCCCCUAUUUAUCCAUGAGCAGGAGCCACUCCAUUGAACUGAGUCGGAUUUUUAAAGCUCUUUUCAGUGUUAAACAUGUAAUAAGAUGCUCGGUGCUAUUUUCAAACCAAGACAUGUUCCUGGCUGAUUUACAAAAGGCCACAGUCUCCUCUUUUAUGUGGGCAAAUGCUUUUAAAAAUUGGCUCCUGGGACUUUGGGUGCUCAUUGAUUCAUCCUCUGACAAGCUUCCAUCUCUGACCUUUCCAUUACCAGUUUUUCCAUCUCCAACUGCUUCAUCAUCCUCCUGAGCACGGGCACACAGCUAAUAAAUCUGAGUCUUUAAUUGCUCUCCCACACUGCGUGGCUUUAUCUGUCAUUGUUCCUGUCGCUGUGCCUUGUCGCAUCUCUCUGCUUCCAGGUUUGUGCUGCUGGAGUCAGCAAAAGGAUAAAACUGGUAUUUAGGUUUGGGUUUAGGUACAAAUCCCUGCAGUAACACACUGCAUGGCCCCACACGAUGUGUCUGACAUGGCUGAGUUGGCUCUGCCUGGGGGAGGUACAAACCCUCUGCUUUUAUCUCAUGCAAGGUCCCUUUUUUAAAUUCUUUAUGCAGCUGAAACUAGGUGAAAAAAUUGUGUAGGGAAAAAAAAAACAACUUCACAAACCCACCAUAAAUUCCCUUGCUGAAGACACCAUUAAGGGCAGAGGGUCCUGCUGGCCCAGUGGUGCCAGGACCACCAGGGUGAAAAAACCUCAGGUCCCAAGAACACCCGAUGCCUUUGGUACCCAAGGGAGAUUUAUUUAUUCCCCCCCAAUUUAUGCCCCUGUCAGGAGGUUUCCCACAGCCCUGAGGAGUGGGUGCAGCAGUAUCAGCAGGCACAGGUCUAUCAGGCUGAGCAGAAGCUUUUCCAGGAACUGUCUAGAGCAGCACGUGACGGUGCCCGGCCGAAGCGCGAUACGUGACGGGCAUUCACCAGGUUCCAGCCAGUCAGUUGACUUUGUUAUUCAAACUAUUUUAGUGAUGGGUUUUAAUCCCAGGCUUAAGUUUUUCUUUUUCUGUUUUUCACUUUUUUUUUUCUCUCCCUCUUCUUUUUUUACUCGCUGAACAAGGGAAUCUCUACGCUGGCAGGAUUCAGAGAGGCACAAAGGAGGGAAAAACAAGAUUCAGCCAGAAGAGAGGGGGAAAAAAAAAGGAUGCUGUUAGCAUUCCCUUUAUUUGAGGGGGUAAAAACAUUUUGCUGUCAACUCUGUUUUAAAGGUUAAGUGCCUACAGCAGCCCAUGCAAAUAAAUCCUGUGCUCAGCCUUUCCCUCUCAGUGCAAAGUUUUGGUGCUGGGGCUGGUUAGCCAGAGGAGCUGGGCUAUGGGGGCUGGCAGUGCCCCAAAUGUCCCCAGUGCUCCCAUCCCCAUCCUGGGGAUGGCUACUGGCUGAGGUGCCACUGCAAGGCUCUGGACCUUGACGGGAGCCCUGGGGGUGCCCAAGUGCCCCCCAGAUAAGGUGGGACAGCGAGGGGAGCACUGCAGAGGUGUGGGCUGGGUACCCCCUGCUCCUUAUCUCAAGCAGAUUGAGGCAGCUGCUGGCAGCAGAGCCCUUGGCUCUGCCUCUGUGACAGGGGGACACCCCAGGGAGUGCCUGGAAAGGGCAGAAAUCUCACCCAGGACAUCUCCUUUCAUGGCAGGCAAGUGGGGAGGGUCUGGCAGCAGCCCUGGGGUACAGGGCUGUGUCUCAGUCGCUGCUCUCUGUUGGAAGGGGAGGUGAUGCCAGGACACGAUGCCAGACUGUGGCUGGGCUCAUCCAGGUGGUGACCAGCACCCCAGCACUGGUAUUUAUGGGGACACUUCCCACGACAGCAGAGGGGCUGCACAUGCCCCAGCCCACACAAGCCAAACCUCCCCCUGACUGCCCCAGUGUGAUGGUUUCCUAUAAAAAAGAUUUGAAUUUGUCAUGCAAAUGACUGGGCAUGUGGGCACAGCUGCUGAGAGGUGGCCUGGGCUGGGUCAGGUGCCAGCAUGGCCACAGGGAUGUGCCCAGGACAAGGUCUGGCCCCCAAAGCUGGUCCCAGCCCUGGAACCUGCCGAGCAGAUGGUGCUGCCAGGGCUGUGCUGCCAAAACCACGCAGCCCUUGCCACUCCUCCUGCUCCCUGUGGCUCACUGAAGCUUUUCAAACAAGGAUUGUGACUCCCCUGCUCGUCCCCUCCCUUGGCUGCUGUCUGGCUGCAGCAGAGCUGAGCUGCCCAGGAGGAGCUUUCUUGGUGCUGGGACAACAUAAAGAGGUGGAAGAGGAUGCUCCAUCAA